AUGGAGAUUGAUCAUUACAAGCUGUUCCAAGACAAGAGCUGCUUCAUUGUGAUGAUGGACACUGCUGGGGGCUUGACAGCUGUCUUGCCUGACGCAGCGGACGAUUGGGUCCUUCAGAAGGAAGGCACCGGCAAGAACGGCGGGCAGGUGUUUGCCGCUUCGAAGACAGGCAAAUGCAAGGCUGUUUGGAUGAAGAAGCUUUUCCAGCCGAUUGUGGAAGCCGAAGAGAAAACCCGCAAGGAGAAGGAGGCCGCAGAGGCUGCGGCCAAGGAGAAGGAGGCCGCUGAGGUUGCAGACAAGGAGAAGGCGGCCGCUGAGGUUGCAGCCAAGGAGAAGGCGGCCGCUGAGGCUGCAGCCAAGGAGAAGGAGGCCAAGGAGAAGGCAGCUGCAGCUCAGACACAGCAGGAGGUAAAGCCAGCUGCGGAGGCUGCUUUGAAGGCAGGCCAGGAUGGCAAGGACGGCGCGGGCGAGAAGGUGGACGCCAAGGACGGCGUGCCUGAGCUGACAGAGGCGGAGAAGGAAAAGAAAGCGGAGGCGGCUGCUGCGAUCAAGCAGGCAGCAGAGGUUGCAAGGCUGAAGGCAAACCUGAAGGGCUUGCAAUAUGCUCUGACGGCUACUUUCAGCAAGGGUUUGGAACAUUUCAUGCCAGAGCAGAAGCUGUGUCCCGGGAAGCCUUUCGCGCUUCUUCCACCGAGUGUGGAGGUUGCAGAUGAAGACAUGCUGCCGUACAAAAGCAUGUAUGCUUUGAUGACGGCAGGCGCGCGGAUUUGGGUAGAACCCGAAUCCUUACAUUGUCUGUGGAAUACUGCAAAGGCUGCUUUCAAGCGAAGUGGCCUCCAAGGUGCGGUACUGCUUGGAAGUCUUAUGACGCAAGUCAACCACGGCCCCUAUGCAUCAGGGGCCAAUAUGUUGACAAAACAGGAAGCAAUGGAGCACAGAAUCGGUCACCUGACUGAUGACGAGUGGGAAAUUCUGCGCGAGGACAUCGCGAUGGAUCGCCUCGACUUCGUGGAUGAUCUCCCGGGCGUUGAUGCAGAUGAGGAGCUGGCUUCAGAUGUUCCCAUGUCAAAGGAGGAGCUGUUGGAGGCCCCGUCCGUGAGCACUCGCGGCCUCUUCGCCAAGUACAAAUCAUGGUUCCAGUCUGUGAUUGCGCUCUGGCUUCUCAACAAGAACUGGAGCAUUGAUUCCGACAUCUACCAAUGGAUCUUGACUUCUGGACAAGACGUGGAGGCCGUGGACGCUUCGGACGCGGUUGAGCAAGAUGGAGGACACCCCGAAGACGCGGAUGAUGAUGAAGAGGCGGAGACUUCCGCGCCCGUCCGGCCGCAGACGCGGGAAGAGCUCUUGAAGCUCAGAGGUUCUUUCCGCAACAACAUGCACUUGGCUGCUUACUUCUACAACGACAGACAUCUUCAGAUACAGUUCCGCAUGAUCUACUUGAGCUGCAAGCCCACCAUUGAGCUCUACAAGCACAUCAUCAGCACUUUGAAGAAGGGGCAGGACGCCUCGCUCAAGUGGUCAGCCGAGCGAGCCUUGGGCGAGCGUUGGUUCCGGGCAGCUCUGGAGACUUUGUCUGCCGUGCAACGUGUUAGGACAGCAGUCCUGCUGAAGCUGCAGCGCUCUGCAGAGGAACCUGAGCGACGGGACGACCCUGUCUUUGAGCAGCAGUUUCAGAAUGUGCAGCAGUUUGCUACCUGCUGUGUGGAAAUGGCAAGCGGCCUGUGCUGGUCACAAGUGAUUUUCACUGUGGGGCCAUCAAUGCUUGCAGGCAUCUUCCAUCCAGAUCAUGCCCUCCGCCAGCAAGUUGUGCGGAAUUUCAGAGUGAAGUGGGAGGCGAUCCUGCACGCUGAAGAUGCAGUCAGGGGACGGUGCGCAGAUGUCGACCGGAAGCACAGUCCUGACAUUGCAAGGCUGCUGAAGGACAUUGCAUUCCCGGAGACACAAGUGGGCCGAGAGAUGUACGAGGUUGUUCGGCGAGGUGGCUUCCAGUCACUCGACCCGCAGACACGCCUUCUGGCGCACAAGAUGUUUGCCAAGGUGCCCACAACCAAAUUCCAUUUGGAGGACAUGUUCUCGCACCUCAGCACCGUGUCCAAACGAGGCGUGAAGAACUUGAAGAUGAACAGGUGGCAGAAGUUCUUCUACAUGUCUACGACUCCCACCCUGCGCGAGAUGAAGUGGCCUCAAGUGAAGCCAACGUUCGAAGAUUUCGUUGCAGCUGGGCAAACGCAGAAUCAAAAAGGACAGUCCACAGCAGGCAUGCAUUUUCAUGCUAAGACGGCUCAGCUUCCAGAAAGCCUCAAAAUCAACAAGGGCACUCUUCACAAGACCUUCAAACCAGCCGGUCCUGCCAGCAAUCAGAGAUCUGCAGCGGCUGCUGCUUUCCUGACGUGCAUUCGGAAAGAUUAUGAACGCUGCGGUAUGGCCUGGGCUGGUCUCUAG